GCGCGGAUAUCAGCAACUUGGAAAGAAAGGAAACAGAAGCAAAUCUGCAAUCAUCGGCUCUCUAUUUGGACUUUGAAGUUUUUGGAAGAUUGUGAUAAAUUUAAUACAUUUUAUUUUUUGUAUUUAUCAUUUUAUUUAUUCAUUACAACAUGUUUGAGGCAAGAUUAGUGCAAGGUUCUUUGUGGAAGAAAAUAAUAGAUGCCAUCAAAGAUUUGCUGAACGAAGCAAAAUGGGACUGCAAUGCAAGUGGAAUCACUUUACAGGCUAUGGAUAGUUCUCAUGUCAGUUUGGUAUCGUUGAAUAUGCGGAGUGAAGGAUUUGAUACAUACAGAUGUGACCGAAAUUUAUCUAUGGGGAUAAAUUUAGGAAGCAUGGCAAAGAUUAUCAGGUGUGCUGGAAAUGAUGAUGUUAUCACUUUGAAAACAGGAGAUGAUGCUGAUACAGUAACAUUUGUCUUCGAGUCUCCAAACAAUGAGAAAGUAUCCGACUAUGAAAUUAGACUCUUGGACAUUGAUGCAGAGCAUUUAGGAAUUCCUGAAACUGAAUAUAGUUGUGUUGUGAAAAUGCCCUCUGGAGAGUUUGCAAGAAUAUGCAGAGAUUUAAGUCAGAUUGGAGAAUCUGUUGUCAUUUGUUGUACAAAAGAAGGGGUAAAAUUUUCUGCAAGUGGUGACUUGGGAACAGGCAAUAUUAAGCUCGCGCAAAACUGCAGCUCUGAUAAGGAAGAAGAGGCGGUAAUUAUUGAAAUGACACAAGCAGUGACCUUGACAUUUGCUCUUCGCUACCUCAACUAUUUCUCCAAAGCUUCUCCACUCUCGCAGCAGGUCACUCUCUCCAUGUCUGCUGAUGUACCUUUAGUUGUUGAAUACAAAGUUGCUGAUAUGGGAUAUCUGCGCUACUAUUUGGCUCCAAAGAUGGAAGAUGCUGAUGAUUGAACAUACAAUAUAGUGCCAUAGACUGUGAUUAAUUCCUCCUAGCGGCUAUUUGUGUAGCCUUCUUACAUUGAAAGUUUUCCCAUCUUAAUAACCUUCAAAGUUGAAAAUGUGACCUGCAUGUUAGCGGUAAAACUGUCCGAAGUGUAUUGAACCGGCUGUAAAAUGUUGACAAAUUUAUUUAAUCAUUGUUAAAAUUUAACAUUUUUGCAGCUUCUAAGAAACUUGACUAGUGCUAUUUCAUUAUUGUUUCAUCAGUUAUCAUAUUUUACACUGGUGUCUGUUACUGAUGCAUGUAUAGAUGUAAAUGAAGUAUAAAUGAAAUAAUUUGGA